AAUCCUACCGGUGAGAUAAAGCAGCUUGGUAUGGAUCAAAAACCAGGGGGAAUUGCUAUUGUUGCCCUGCAUUAUUCUACAAAUCUAAUGGCUCUUGUUGGGGGAGGGAGAGUCCCAAAAUAUCCACCCAAUGUGGUAGUUUUAUGGGAUGAUUGGACACAGCGGAUUGUAGCAGAGAUUGAAAUGUCUGUUGAGAUCAAGGAUGUGCGACUUCGUAAAGACAGAAUCAUCAUCAUACUGGCGACAAAGGUGUUUGUGUUUUCAUUAGAACCAUCUCCGCAUAAAAUGCACGAAUAUGAGUGCAGCUGGAACAACCAUCCUAUCCUUGGAAUCUCAUCAUCUACAGAAAUGCCAGUUGUGCUUGCAUUUCCAGCAAGAUCAAAGGGACAAAUCCAAAUAGUUGAGAUACCUGUAGGAUCCAACUCGGCUUUACACAGUUCAAAACCAGUUCCGUUGACUGGUAUCAUCGCUGCGCACUCGACACAAAUUGCAUGUUUGGCGGUAUCUGGACAGGGAUCACUUGUGGCCUCUGCAUCAGAGCGUGGUACACUCAUUCGCAUCUUUGACUGUCGCACAUCUACACUUUUGAACGAGUUGCGACGUGGUGUAGAUUACGCAGAGAUUUAUUCAAUUGUAUUUAAUUCUGUAUCCACGCGUAUAUGUGUAGCGAGUGACAAGGGCACAUUACACAUCUUCAAUCUGUCUGGUGAUGGAGAAAUGGCUAGCAAUCCAAAAUCAGAUGAUUCAAAUAGAGCCAAUCGACAUUCAAUCCUAUCCCCUAUAUCAUCAUAUUUACCCAAAUACUUUUCUAGUGAUUGGAGCUUUGCUCAUUGUACACUCCCAGUUGAAUGCCGAUGUACAGUCUCGUUUUCUCACCCAUCCGCCAUUUCAGAUCGAGAAAACGCAGUUAUUGCUCUGUGUUCUAACGGUGGAUAUUUCCUAUUUUCAUUUGAACCCAAAAAAGGCGGAGAAUGUGCUCGCGAGGCGUUCUAUAGGUUUUAUAAAGAGCCAUGA